CGAUUUUCAUCAGUGUUUCAAUUCUUAAGACAAUCAAAUCCAAAAGACAUUUCAUUCAUUCAUUCAUUGGAUUGGAUUCGACACGUUUAUGUUGGUUAUUGGCUAGAAAAAAAAUUAUUGAAUUAUUCUCCAUAAUAUAACUUGUUUGAAUUUGAUUGUUAUAUUCAAAUCAACGAGUUGAUUCGGAUUGAUUGUUGGUUGAUCAUCAUUAUGCAACGAUUCCAUCAAGAUGAUCACAAAAGUCCAUGUCGAUUGUUGUCGUUGGAUGAGAAUCAACAACAACAACAACAACGACAACGACAUCAAUCCACCAUAAUUGAUGAUAAAUCAUCACCAUCAUCAACAAAAUCUUGGAAUAGAAUUGGAAAAAAAUUUGUGCAAUUUUCUCUAUCAUUCUAUCGUUAUCAUCAAUCAUCAUAUCGUCCAUUUGAAUCAUCUAUCGUUAAAUUAAUCAUAUUCACCACCACCAUAUUAUUAUUAUUAUUAUCAUGUUCACCCAUUUCCGCAUCGAUGAAUUUUCGGUUUUUAAACCAUAAUAAAAAUAAUAUUCUUUCACAGAAUGAUACAAAAAUUUUAAAUAAUCAAAAACAUCAUGAUUUUAUUCCGAACAUUCAAAUUGCUAAUGAAAUUGUUGAAUAUAUUAAUCAUACCACAACAAAUGAAAAUCGAAGACAAUGGAAACGUCAGAUUUCACAACCAUUACAAUUAUCACCGGAAAUUGUUUUAGGUUUUGGUUCACCAUAUCAACAACAACUUGAUCAAGGACCAUGGGGUCCAUGGAGUGAUCUAAGUGAAUGUACAAGAACAUGUGGCAGUGGUGUUUAUUAUCAGACACGUGUUUGUUUAGAUCCAUUGAGAACCUGUAACGGACCAACGAAACGAUAUCUUAGUUGUAAUCUUCAGGAAUGUCCGGAAGACACCGAAGAUUUUCGUGCAAAUCAAUGUGCACGAUUCAAUCCGAUUCCAUUUGAUGGACGAUAUUAUAAUUGGUUACCACAUUAUAAAGCCGAUGGAAAUCCUUGUGAAUUGAAUUGUAAACCAGAAAAUGAACGUUUCUAUUAUCGUCAUUCGAAAAAAGUAAUCGAUGGUACACGUUGUUAUGAUGAUGACUCGAACAACAUCUGUUUGGAUGGUGUGUGCGUUGAAUUGGGUUGUGAUCGUGCCCUUGGAUCGAAUGUUAAAGAAGAUAAUUGUCGUGUAUGUGGUGGUGAUGGUUCUACAUGUCGUCCUGUAUCUGGAGUGUAUCAACAGAAUCAAGGUUUACGUACCGGUUAUAAUGAUAUGUUGUAUAUACCGGCCGGAUCAACUAACAUCACUAUACAGGAAGUUAUGCCCACCAAUAAUUAUUUGGCCAUUCGUAAUCAAAAAGGUCGAUCUUAUUUAAAUGGAAAAUGGCGUAUACAGCCACCGGCUACUUAUGAAAUCGCAGGUACAAAAUUUCAUUAUCAACGUCCACAUGGUACACGUCGAUAUGAUAAUUUUCCGGAAAAACUUCGUGCCCUUGGACCAACUAAAGAACCAUUAUUCAUUCAAUUAUUAUAUCAAGAACCGAAUCAUGGUGUUUCAUAUGAAUAUUCCGUUCCAUUGACAAAUGAAGAUCAAUAUGGUGGUGAAAUACCAGUUCCCGAUGUUAUUGCCAGUUCUUCUUCGAAUGGUAGUCGAAGAGGAGGUGGAUAUCCAAGAUAUGUUUGGAUUUUUGGCGAUUAUUCGGAAUGUUCAAAAUCCUGUGGUACAGGUGUUCAACGAAGAAAUGUUUAUUGUGCCUCAAUGAAUACACGAACCGGUCAGCAAGAACGUGCAGCCGAUUCGCUUUGUGAUUCAUCAAAACGACCACCGGAUAUACGUCCAUGUCAUAAUGAAAAAAAAUGUACAGCACAAUGGCAAUAUAAUGAUUGGAGUGAAUGUUCAUGUGUUCAUGGUGUACGUUAUCGUAAUGUUUAUUGUUCUUCUGGCGAUUCGGAUAUUUGUCCUGCUGCAAAAGGAUCUACUGAUAUUCUACCAGAUUUUCAUUGUGCCAUGAACAAUCAAACACGACCUGAAAGUGUACAGAAAUGUCAACCAGAUUUGAAUCAUUGUCCAGACUGGAUUACAGGUGAAUGGACAAAGUGUGAUAAACAUUGUGGUGUGGGUAAACAAACUCGUAAAGUUCGUUGUGGCCGUAAACCCCAAAUACCACCUGUUGAAUCUGUAGCUUUGGUUCCAGAAACUACAACCACCAUUUUAACGGCAAGUGAAUUAUUAGCCGAUACUAUAGGUCCUCAACUAGAUUCGGCGGCAACAACUUUGGCGCCACCGAAUGAAGCAUCCACGAUCAUGCAUGAUUCUGAAUCAUCUGAAGCUGUGGUAACAACUAUUGCAUCAACAGAUCCAACUACAACUACAGCUGAGAAUCAUAGUGAUCAAGAAUUGCAACCAGCAAAACGUGAAACAUCUGAAGAUUCUAAUGAUGACGAUGAUGAUUUAGAAUAUGUGGAAGAAUAUUUUUGCGAUUUAACCAAUAAACCACCGGAACACCAAUCCUGUUCAUUACAACCUUGUGAAGAUUUAGGUUCGGUAGAAUGGGUUACAUCAUCAUGGUCAUCAUGCGAUAUAGAUUGUGCAGCACAUGUACAAACUAGACAAGUUGCUUGCAUUUCUAGUGAUGGACAAGUAUUUCCCGAUGAAACAUGUAUUGAACUUCGUGGUGAACGACCAGCUGAUCGCCAAGAUUGCCCCGAUGGAUCUGUUUGUUCACAUUCAUUGUGGUUCACAUCUGAAUGGAGUAAAUGUACGGGUACUUAUAUCGGUGAUGGUAUGCAAACUCGUCAUGUAUUUUGUGGCCAUAUUGAUGAUAAAGGAAUGGUGGUCAAAGAUGAUGAAAAUAAAUGUCAAAUGGAAAUGAAACCAAUGAAAGCUACUGUUUGUGAAUUGGAACCAAACAACGACGAUGAUCAUUGUUCUAAAGGCCAAUGGUUUAGUGGUCCAUCCGGUCCAUGUAAUGUUCCUUGUGGUGGUGGAAAACGAAUUCGUAAACGUUUUUGUUUGAAAACCGUGAAAAAUGGUCAAUCAAUUGAAAUUAAUCCAAGUGAAAGUUGCAAUGAUGAUGAAUCAACAACGAAUUUAAUGUCCGAAUCUGAACAAUGUAAUAUUGAAACAUGUGAUCCUGAUCGAUUGGCAACGAUGGUCGAUUGUAAAGAUACAGAAUAUGGUUGCUGUCCAACCGAUGGUUCUACACCAGCUGAUGAAGAUUUACGUAAUUGCCCUAUGACUAUAAUCGAAUCUAUCGAACGUUGUUCGCAAUCUGAAUAUGGAUGCUGUCCUAUGGGAAAUGCUGAAAAUGAUGAAAUAGAAUUUGAAAAUGGAAAUAGAAAUUUAACUCUAGCUUUAGGACCAUAUGGACUUGGUUGUCCAAUUCAUUGUUCGAAUACACAAUUCGGUUGCUGUCCAGAUAUGAUAACAAUAGCAAAUUCAAGUGAUCAUUCAGAAUGUCCACGGUCAUUGGAAGAAACGACAACAAUGAUGAUGACUACGACAAUGGAACCGACAACAACAAUGAUGACAACUAUUAAUGCAGAAAUCGAACAGACAACAUUAUCAACCGAUACAAUUCCAAUCGCUGGUUUAUCAUUCGGUAAUUGUUCUGAUGGAGAUGAUCCAUCAAUGUGUGCGAUUUCCACAACAUCAGCUAAUCUAGUAACCGAUUGUUCACGAUCUAAAUUUGGUUGUUGUCCAGAUGGAUGGAAUGAAGCUCAAGGACCAAAUGGUGAAGGAUGUGAAGAAGGAAGUGGAGAUAUCAGUACAUUUUUGGCCAGUACAAUCAAUACAGUUAUGAAUAUAUUCAUUACUACCGAAGUUCCAGUUACAGAAGAAGAUAUUGAUUGUAGUCUCACAGAAUUUGGAUGCUGUCCGAAUGGAAAAAAGAAAGCUACUGGCAUACGAUACUAUGGAUGUACGUGUCAUGAUUAUCCAUUUGGAUGUUGUCAAGAUGGAUAUACUCCGGCUUCUGGUGAAAAUCAUGAAGGUUGUCUUUGCGAACGAAUGUUAUAUGGUUGCUGUGCCGAUGGCAAUACACCGGCUAAAGGUCCCGAUCGUCAAGGUUGCGAUUGUACAUCAUCACCAUAUGGAUGCUGUUCAGAUAUGUUUACAUUUGCACAAGGACCAAACUAUCAAGGCUGUCCAUGUGAUACUCUAACGUAUGGAUGUUGUCCAGGUAGCCAGAUUCCAGCACGUGGACCAGAUUUUGCUGGCUGUAGUUGUGCCGAUACACCAUUUGGUUGCUGUGCUGAUGGUAUUACCGUUGCAUAUGGUCGAAAAUUCGAAGGUUGUCCAAGUGGAUUGCCAUUGGAUAUGAAAUUGAAUUCUGAAGUCUGUAAACUACCUAAAGAAUCGGGACCAUGUUCGAAUUUUUCAGUUCAAUGGUUUUUCGAUAAUGAAAGUGGCCGUUGUAAUCGAUUCUGGUAUGGUGGCUGUCAAGGAAAUGGAAAUCGUUUUAGUUCACAGGAACAAUGUGAACGUUCAUGUGUCAAACCCGAAGGUUCUGAAAGAUGUUUGUUACCGAAAAUUCCUGGCCCAUGUAAUUCAUCAUCGGAAGCCUAUUAUUAUGAUGAGGAAACAAAACGUUGUGAACGAUUUUUGUAUGGAGGAUGUUUGGGCAAUACGAACCGUUUUGAAACAAUGGAACAAUGCGUACAGACUUGUAUCUAUCAGGAAACGGCGCUAGAUCAGUGUGAUCAACCACCACAACCUGGACCAUGUCGUGGUAGCUAUAAACGAUGGUAUUAUCGUCGUGAAGAAGGUCGAUGUCGUGAUUUUAGCUACGGUGGUUGUCAUGGUAAUCUAAAUAAUUUUCAAACUGAAGAUGAAUGUCAAAGUGCUUGUGCUUCACGUACAGCAUUCGAAAUCUGUAUGCUUGGUAAAGCUGAAGGUUCAUGUUUAGGAUUAUUUCCACGUUGGUUUUUCGAUUAUCGUACUGGUCAAUGUCAGGAAUUUACUUAUUCGGGUUGUGGUGGCAAUAAAAAUCGUUUCAUCGAUCGUAUUUCUUGUGAACAACUCUGCAAUCAAACUGUACCCGACUAUUUCUAUCCAACUACUCAUCAACGACAAUCUUAUGAUCAACAACCAUCGUAUCCAUAUUCCGAACGCGAUAAUGAAAUCGUUCCAGUUGUUCCACCAUCUUCAUACGAAAGUGUUUGUGCUUUACCAUAUGCACAAGGAAAUUGUCGAGAUGCAAUCAUACAGUGGUAUUUUGAUGUUAAUACACGUCGUUGUCAACGAUUCUAUUAUAGUGGCUGCGGUGGUAAUGAUAAUCGUUUCAAUGAUCAAAUACAAUGUGAACAAAAAUGUUUGGCAUAUGCAUCACAGAUUACACCGAUGAUGCAACAUGAUCCAUGUUUAGAACCAAAAGAUAUUGGUGAUAUUCAAUGCCAAGAUUAUCGUCAUCGUUGGCAUUAUGAUGUUGAAGAUCGACGUUGUCAUCGUUUCUAUUAUUAUGGUUGUGGCGGUAAUCGCAAUAAUUUCGAAACCGAAGAAGAAUGUACAGCCCGAUGUGUAAUACCAAGAGAACGUGGUAGCCAACAACAACAACAACAACAGGUGAUUAGAUAUGAUGGACAACGAUUACCACCAACACAUUCGGAUGCAGAAAUGCAUGGUAUAACAUCGAUUGAAGAAUUUCAUCCAGAAAAUUGUUUCAAACAAUUUGAUUCUGGUCCAUGUGAAAAGAAUCAUAUACAAUGGCAUUAUGAUAGUCGUGAUGGUGUUUGUAAAGAAUUCAUCUAUGGUGGCUGUGAAGGUAAUGAGAAUCGUUUCCAUUCUCAACAAGAAUGCCAGACAAAAUGUUGGAAUUCACAAGAUAUCUGUAAAUUAUCGCAGAUACGUGGUUCAUGUACUGGAAAUUUUACACAAUAUUAUUAUGAUCAUCAAAAUAAUGAAUGUUAUGAAUUUCAAUUUAGUGGUUGUUAUGGUAAUGCUAAUCGAUUUAAUUCGAAAGAAACCUGUGAACAACAAUGUAGAAAUGAACAUCCAAUACCCUCUGGUGUUUCACAGCAACAAAUAUCUCAAUCAACACCAGUUGAUCAACAUCGAUCACAACAACAACAACAACAACAGAUUCCUGAUGUAUCGACCAGUCCGAAUAAAACACAUUUGGAUCGAUGUCAUCAACCAAUGGUUAAAGGUCCAUGUCGUGCAUAUUUUCCACGAUAUUAUUAUUCUGCUGAAGAAAAUCGUUGUCAAAUGUUUAUCUAUGGUGGUUGUGAUGGCAAUGAAAAUCGUUUUGAUCGUGAAGAAGAUUGUGAAAAAGCCUGUAAGAGAACUCCUGAUAGCGUACGUGAAGAUGAAGAAGAACCACGUGAAGGUAUUGAUCAACCAGAAGUGAUAUGUUUCUUAAAAAUGGAACCAGGAUCAUGUCAUGAAACCAGAGCUAGAUGGUGGUAUGAUCCAAAUAGUCACACAUGUUUCCCAUUUGUUUAUAGUGGCUGUAGAGGUAAUAAGAAUCGAUUUGAAAAUUUUGAUAGCUGUAUUCGAUUCUGUUCGGGUGUAUCACAACGUCAACAACAGCAAUCACAAUAUCCUUCCCAUCAAUUUAUAUACACAUCUCCUGCAUCGCCAACUAUACCAGAACAACAACAAUCUUAUCCAUAUGUACCUCAUACGUCUAGACCAUUACCAUCAACUCAUGAACAAUCUGCUGUUCAUCCUGGCUGUGAACCAAUGGAAUGUCAGGAAGAUAAUUGUAUACUAGGAAUCGAUUAUUAUCACGAUCAACGUGGUUGUCCAGUCUGUCGUUGUGUUAAUCCAUGUAAUGAUAUUCGUUGUCCAGAAGAAAUGAGUUGUGCUGUUGAAUUAUUCCGUGAUGAAAUUACUGGUAAAAUUCGUGCAAAUGCUGAAUGUCGAUUACGAGUGAAACCGGGUGAAUGUCCACGAAACAUUCAUAUUGUACCGGAAUCUGAACGUGAACAAUCAAUCGAAUGUUAUGAUCAAUGUAGAUCAGAUGCUGAUUGUCGUGCAUCCGAUAAAUGUUGUAAUAAUGGCUGUGCCGAUAUUUGUGUUGCAAUCGAAGGUUAUUAUACAUAUCAAGAAUCAUCUAAAAUGCCACUAUCUUCCUCAUCAUCAUCGGAACAUCAAUAUAAUCAAUCUACUUAUUAUUAUUCACCAACGCAUGAUGUUUCACAACAACAACAACAAUCAAGCUAUUAUAAUUAUUCAGUUGUUAAUCAACAACAACAACAACAACAACAAACAAAUAGUGACCAUCAUAGACAACCACCAUAUGCUGAAGGAUCUACGUAUAAUGAACAUCGUCAAGAAUAUGGACAUGAUCAGAAUGGUAGCCGUGAUGGUGGAAUAGUCACUCAAAGUAAUGGCCAUCCUGAUCAAGUAGUACAUACAGGUGAACAACAUGUUUAUCAUACAACUAAUGGAAAUCAUAAUGAUGAUAAUGGUGGACAAAAUCAAUCAACACAACAACAACAGCCAAGUUAUCCUUAUGAUCAAAAUCAACUACAACCUGGCCAACAACAACAAAACAACCAAUAGA